CAAGCGUGUGCAAAACCAGUAAGCGCGGGACGUUUGAAUUUGAAAAUGUAUAAUUUAAAUUGCAAAAUAUUUGAUUUUCCUGAAAGGCCCGUUAAAGAUGUAAGGCUUGGUUUGUAUGCAAAAAAAACGUAUUCGCCUCCAGUUAAGGUUCACGAUUGGCAAGUGCUUGCAAGUAAAUUGGAGGACACUGUUUCUAGCCACCAGGAUGUAGAUUAUUCCACCGAAACUAAAUCUAAAUACGUUUGGAGCAACACCAAGCGUUGGAUUAAUUUCAACAAAAAAAUGACAAAUAUCUGUUCAUACAAAGACGACACCGAACUGGACCAGGCUCAGGAAAAUUUCAUUCCUGAACACUGCGAAGAUUAUGUAACGAGCAUGCAGGCUGGCUACAGCCCUCCUUAUCCAUAUGCUAUGCAAAGGAUAUCGAUGCCGAGUACGCCGUACUUUUUAAACCGUUUUCUGAACAAGCCAACAACUAUGAGCACUUUAAAAUUUUUCGACGACGAAAACAGUUCGCACACGUGCCGCUUGCAAAAGUACCGACAAGUCCGUCAUAAAUCGUGGAAUCCAUGGUUGGGGGUGUACAACGACGGUAGCAAAUAAAUAAAAC